AUGGCAGUCGGACAAAGACAGCCCGAGCCGCUUCGUCGAAUCAUAACAACACAUGAUUCUACAAGCGGCCGAGCUAUCUUUAGCGACGCGGUCGGGGAGCAGGUAUCGUUUACUGGGUUCCCGGUUCCCCCCGGCAAGCCCACGACGUCAGACUAUGCUCUAGCCUAUAGCACAACUACAUUUCCUGUGCAAGGGCUUUCUCCUCCAAAUUCUGCAAACCCGGAGUCUAAAGGCAAUCUCGACAUUGAGCACUAUCACUCUCUGCUCUCAGAUCCAUCGCCUUUGAAUCCGCCAAACGGCACCUCCUGCACAAUUAUUGAGGUACCUCCGGGUUCAGAGGUCCCGAUGCACCGAACAGCGACCCUCGACUAUGGUGUCGUAAUUGAUGGCACUACAGAAUUAGUCCUUGAUUCCGGUGAAAAAAGAUUAAUGGCAAAGGGAGAUGUGUUUGUUCAACGAGGCACAGCUCAUGCUUGGCGGAAUAUAACUGAAAAGCAAGAGAACUCUGGUAUUUUACGUGUCUUUUUCGUGUUUCAACCUAUCGAACAGGUGCGAUUGGAAGACGGAAAGAUCGUUGGUCAGGACUUGAAUUUAUCUCUGUGUGAGACUUGA